CACUGGGAAGAUGGCGGCCGCCGGAGGAGAACCUUCCACUCAGAAUAUGUCGGAUGAAUUAUUUCAAAACUUCAUCUCUGAGGUGAAACAGAUUGAGAAGAGAGACUCUGUUUUAACAUCUAAGCAGCAGAUUGACAGACUGCUCAGACCUGGUUCAUCCUACUUCAAUCUCAACCCCUUUGAGGUGCUGCAGAUUGACCCAGAGGCUACAGAUGAUGAGUUGAAGAAGCGAUUUCGGGCGUUGUCAAUUCUGGUCCAUCCAGACAAAAAUCAGGAUGAUCCAGACAGAGCGCAGAAAGCCUUUGAAGCUGUGGACAAAGCCUAUAAAAUGCUCCUGGAACCAGAGCAGAAGAAGAGAGCUUUAGAUGUGAUUCAUGCAGGGAAAGAAUAUGUGGAGCAUAUGGUGAAGGAGAAAAAGAAAAAGCUGAAGAAAGAUGGGAAACAACAGGAUGUGGAGGAGGAUGACCCUGAAGUGUUCAGGCAAGCAGUUUACAAGCAGACCAUGAAGCUGUUUGCAGAGCUUGAAAUCAAGAGGAAGGAAAGGGAAGCAAAGGAAAUGCAUGAAAGGAAAAGGGCGAGAGAGGAAGAAAUUGAGGCAGCUGAGAAAGCAAAGCGAGAGAGAGAAUGGCAGAAAAACUUUGAGGAAACAAGAGAUGGCCGUGUGGACAGCUGGAGGACCUUUCAAGCUAAAGGCAAGAAGAGCAAAGAGAAAAAGAACCGGUCUUUCUUAAAGCCACCUAAAGUGAAGAUGGAGCAGAGGGAAUGAUGUAAAAGCAGGACUUUUAUUAGAAUCCACUCACUGUUAUAACAACCCCCCCCCCCCUUCCCAGUUUUGUGUCCUCAUCAGCUGUGGUCAGAUGUGGAGUUAUCACACAGUCGUCAGUACACACGACAGCCAACACUUCCUCAUGUUGUCCAUGGAAAUCGUAGUUUUGUACUCGGUUUUCUAAUGUACAUAUCUGUGAUCAGGACCCAGGGAUCAAACGUACGUCACACAAGAGAAACGAAGCAUCUUCCACUUCUGUAAUUGAUGAGAAAAAUGUGAUUUGUCUUUAUUCUUGUUUACCUUUUCUUUUUUUUUACUAAAUAAAGCUUUGUGUUUAAAAGCAGGCCAUAUAGUGGUUUAAAAAGCUGAGUUUAAAACUUGCAGAAAAGGAUAGUAGCUAGGUGUUGUUUGGAUAUUUUCAAGUAUGUUUUUAUUUUUUUAAGUUCUGACAGAAGUUAUUUUACAAAGCAAUCUAAAACUGUCCGAAGUUACACAAAUACAUGCUGUCAGAUGGGAGCAGAACUGAAAGAUAUUUAAGAUUUUGAAAUA